CACAAACUCAGAGCAUUCGAUCCAGCACCCCGCCGCCAACGCCACACCUCGUGACCCCUCGUCGCCGGAGCAGCAGCAAGCAAGAUGGCCGGAAGGAAGGGCGGCGACAGGAAGAAGUCGGUGACCAGGUCCGUGAAGGCGGGGCUCCAGUUCCCCGUCGGCCGCAUCGGGCGCUAUCUCAAGAAGGGCCGCUACGCCCAGCGCGUCGGCUCCGGCGCCCCCGUCUACCUCGCCGCCGUCCUCGAGUACCUCGCCGCAGAGGUGCUUGAGCUCGCCGGCAACGCCGCCAAGGACAACAAGAAGUCCCGCAUCAUCCCGCGCCACCUGCUUCUCGCCGUCCGCAACGACCAGGAGCUCGGCAGGCUGCUCGCCGGCGUCACCAUCGCCCACGGCGGCGUCAUCCCCAACAUCAACUCCGUGCUGCUCCCCAAGAAGUCCGCCGCCGCCGCCGAGAAGGAGGCCACCAAGUCGCCCAAGAAGAAGACCGCUACCAAGUCCCCCAAGAAGAAGGCCGCCGCCAAGGAGUAGCCUAGCUGACACUUAGUUCGGUAUCAGGGAGAAGAUGAGCAGACUUUUGGUUGAUUGGAUCAUGUAUGUAAAUGCCAGUGUGUAUUUGCUCUUUCAUUUGUUCGAUGAACAGGCCAGUCAGGACUGUAUUUUACCUGUGAUUUAGUAUUUGAUCAAUGACUGAAGAUGCCACACUUUCAAUCA